GUGCAUUUGUGUGGUGCCCGUCAUGAGGCAACGAAGUCAGCACGCCUCGGCUGCGCGCGCUCUCAUUCGUCGACGCGCGACCCUCGACGACAUCCCACCAGCACAUCACUCCCCCGACCUCCAACCAUUUCCUCCACGCAUGCCCGAAAACAACACGGGGUCAUUUCGUUGUAGUAGAGGCGGUGAAAUUGCCGAAGCCGCAUCAUGAGUAAGGCAAGCGCGAAACAGCGUCCCUUUCUUUAUCGCGUUCACUUUUUUCCUGCACACGCGACUUCCGUCUUCUCUUUUCCUUUCCUUCAUCUCGUGCUUGCCCUUUUCCUCUCAGGCCGGCUGGUACGACACGCGCUUGUUGUCCGACAUCAUGAGUCCUUCGUGGGCAGAAUCAUUGAUUACAUCACCAAUGACUUCUCUUCCAUCGUUAAGUCGGUCGGACGGCUCUACGGGGGAGAGUGCAUCACCUCCAGCAACCCCUGCGGACAUGUCGCCAUACAUCGAUGCCCAGGCAUAUUCUUUGCCGACAAUAGACGCGAUGAACCUCCCUCGCCACGCCGACGCCUCGCGGCCUGCCUAUCCCAACACUCUCCCCGACAUCAUGGACCCCGACACUGCGAGAUCUGUGUCAGUGCAACGACUGUGUUGUAUUGGGGCGGGCUAUGUUGGUGGACCGACCGCCGCGGUCAUUGCUCUGCAUAAUCCCCAUGUCCGCGUGACCGUUGUUGACCGCGAUGAGAAGCGCAUCAACGCCUGGAAGGGCAAACACCUUCCCAUUCACGAACCGGGAUUGAACGACGUGGUCCGCGCAGCAAGAGAUGGCCUCUGUGGGCGGAAAGCAGAGCACGAGCGUCGCGAUUAUGCCAACCAUGCUCAAGCACGCGAGGAGAGUGUGCGCCAGCCAAACCUCUUCUUCUCCACGGCAUGCACUCAGACAAUUGCGGAAUCCGACAUGAUCUUCAUCAGUGUCAACACUCCCACCAAAGUGCGAGGAGUCGGGGCGGGCAGGGCCACAGACAUGACGGCGCUUGAAGGGGCCGUGCGGGACGUUGCCAUGCACGCCAGGCCCGGCACCAUCUUGGUGGAAAAGAGUACGGUUCCCUGCAAGACUGGCCAGCUGAUCAAGGACAUUCUCGAAGCGUAUCGGCCGGGCGUUUCCUUUAGCAUUCUCUCCAACCCCGAGUUUCUCUCCGAAGGAACGGCUGUGCGCGAUCUCAUGCGCCCUGAUCGUGUGAUUCUCGGUUGCGAGUCGACGAUUUCGGGGCAUCGUGCUGCUGCGGCCCUGGCCAAUCUCUAUGCCGCCUGGGUUCCACGCUCAAAGAUUGCGCCCAUCAAUAUCUGGUCAUCGGAGCUGUGCAAGCUGACCGCAAACGCCAUGCUUGCGCAGCGUAUCAGCAGCAUCAACUCCAUCUCCGCCAUUUGCGAGCGCACCGGCGCGGAUGUGAGCGAGAUUGCAAAGAGCAUAGGCAUGGAUGCACGGAUAGGACCGCAGUUCCUCAAAGCUGGCUUGGGGUUUGGUGGUUCGUGCUUCCGGAAAGAUAUCGCCAGUUUGACAUACCUCGCGGAAUCCCUGGGAUUGCCCGAGGUUGCAGCAUAUUGGCAGCAAGUGAUUACCAUGAACAACUUCCAGCGGGACCGGUUCGCCAGAUCCGUCAUCUCCUCACUUCACAACACUCUGCGAGGCAAGAAGAUUGCGAUUUUGGGCUACGCCUUCAAGAAGGACACUGGUGAUGCUCGGGAAUCUCCGGCUUUGGAUGUGAUUCGAAUUUUGCUGGAAGAGAAUCCGAACAGCAUUGCCAUCUUUGACCCAUUGUGCAGCGAAGCCGACAUUGUCCGCGAAUUGCGAGCGGUGGACAGCGAGACGGAAAUUAUGCAGCCUCGAGGACCUGUGGAGAUUGUUUCCGACCCCUACACGGCGUGUGCCGACAGCAAUGCUGUGCUUGUGUUGACCGACUGGGACAUGUUCAAGCUACGCAAGUCCAACAGAGCGGUGCAAUCCAAGGUGGAGGAGCAUCAAUUCGACGGAGCAGCGCCCACGACAAUUUUGCAAUUAAGACACAAGGCUGACAAGAUCCCCGUUCCGGCGGCAACACUGCUUACUCCUCCGCAUACUCCUGACAUGAAGGGUGCAAGCUUGGAGACCGAGGCGCGACUCAUGCCCGAGCCAGCUUGUCCUCCAGAGUGUGUCGAAUGCAAAUCAAUGGCCGCUCGAAGUGUGUCGAAGAGUGUGGACAUUACCGAACCUGUGGACUGGUCUCGAAUUUCAAGCUCGGUCAAGGAGCCUAAGUGGGUGUUUGAUGGGAGGGGGAUAUUAGAUGCAUCCGCAAUGGUCGGGAAGGGAUUCAGGUUGGAGACGCUGGGACGUGUGAGCCUUUAUUGAUUGUGAAUAGACUCCCUAGAUUGUGCAUUGAAUGGCGAUCGGCAGUGAUUGAUAGAAUUUAGCCGAAGCUUUCCCG